CCCUCCCCGCCCGCCGCGGUGCUGGGCUCCCGCGCCCGCCGCCGCCGGAGGGAUGGAGUGAGGCGCGGGGCUCCGAGGUCAACUACAUUAAUAGAGCAAGGAGAGCUGUGGAAAAAAUCAAGGUGAGGACUCCCAUCCGCAGAGCUGAAGCAUGAGUACCGAUGCCAGUCAGGUGGUGAUCACUUCUCCCCCUGCAGCCACAAUGCCCCACAAGGAGAGGUACUUUGACCGCAUCAAUGAGAACGACCCCGAGUACCUCCGGGAGAGGAACAUGUCUCCAGACCUGCGACAGGACUUCAACAUGAUGGAGCAGAGGAAGAGGGUCACUCAGAUACUGCAGAGCCCUGCUUUUAGAGAAGAUCUGGAAUGCCUUAUUCAAGAACAGAUGAAGAAAGGCAAUAACCCAACUGGGCUGCUUGCAUUACAGCAGAUUGCUGAUUACAUUACAGCAAGCUCUUUUGCAGGUUUUUCCUCAUCUUCACUCAGCCAUGGAAUGAUUACCCCCAUCAAUGAUCUACCUGGGAUAGACACCUCCUCGUUUGUUAAGGGGGAAAAACUUACUCGUUGCAAAUUAGCCAGUUUAUACAGACUGGCUGACUUGUUUGGGUGGGCACAUCUGCCAAAUGCCUACAUCACUGUCAGAGUAAGCAAAGAACAUGAUCAUAUUCUAAUCAUUCCAAGAGGUCUGUCCUUUUCUGAAGCUUCAGCUUCCAAUUUGAUAAAGGUAAACAUCCUGGGAGAUGUAGUUGACCAGGGCAGUACAACUCUAAGUAUCGACAAUGCAGGAUUCAGUCCACACGUGGCCAUCUAUUCCACACGCCCUGAUGUCAGGUGUAUAAUACACAUACAUACCCCUGCAACAGCAGCUGUUUCGUCCAUGAAGUGCGGCAUCCUUCCAAUAUCACAGGAGGCCCUGAUUCUGGGAGAUGUUGCUUAUUACAACUACCAGGGUUCUCUCGAUGAUCAGGAAGAGAGAAUUCAGCUUCAGAAAGUACUUGGACCCAGUUGCAAGGUAUUAGUUUUGAGAAACCAUGGUGUUGUAGCUCUAGGAGAGACACUGGAAGAAGCAUUCCACUAUAUUUUCAACGUGCAACUGGCCUGUGAAACACAGGUUCAUGCAUUAGCUGGAGCAGGUGGGAUAGACAAUCUCCUACUACUGGAUCUGCAGAAGUUCAAGCCUUUCACGCAUGGUGUGGCAGCAGGUGGAGGAGGAGGAGUUAAUAUGUCUUCACAGCAAAAAUGGAAAGUAGGGGAGCAGGAGUUUGAAGCUCUCAUGCGGAUGCUGGACAACCUGGGAUACAGAACUGGCUAUGCCUACAGACAACCCUUAGUCAGGGAAAAGCCCAGACAUAAGAGUGACGUUGAGAUCCCAGCCACUGUGACUGCCUUUUCCUUUGAAGACGAUGCAGUCCCGCUCUCCCCACUGAAAUUCCUGGCACAGAGACAACAGAGGGAAAAGACAAGAUGGCUGAACUCCCCAAACACGUACUUGAAAGUAAAUGUGCCUGAGGAGUCCUGGAAUGGGGAAGCAAGUCCCAGGACCAAGAUCACGUGGAUGAAAGCUGACGACUCUUCCAAGACUAGUGGAGGAACACCAAUCAAAAUUGAAGAUCCAAACCAGUUUGUUCCUUUAAACACAAACCCCAGUGAAGUGCUGGAAAAGAGAAAUAAGAUUCGGGAGCAAAAUCGAUACGAUCUGAAGACAGCAGGACCACAGUCUCAGCUGCUUGCUGGGAUCGUUGUGGAUAAAAAGCCAAGUCCGCCAAUGCAAUUUGAAGAUGAUGAGCACGCACCACCAGCACCACCCAACCCGUUCAGCCAUCUCACAGAAAAGGAACUGGAAGAGUACAAGAAAACAAUUGAACGCAAGCAGCUAGGGCUGGAAGAUGCUGAACAGGAAUUAUUCUCAGAUGACGGUUCAUCUGUGUCACAAAUUCAGUCACAAACUCAGUCCCCGCAAAAUGUCCCAGAAAAAUUAGAAGAAAAUCACGAGGAUCUCUACACCCAGAAUGCCAACCUCAUAUCUGCAGAGCUACCUGUGGUGGUGGUGAACGGCAAGGAAGAUGCACACGAUGUGGAAGAAGACCUCACCAAGAGGGUCAGUCAGUUAACCACUAGUACUGUGGAGAGCGUAGAGAUUACCAUUAAAAGCUCUGAAAAGAUAGAAGAGGCCCUGUCCCCUGAAGGGUCACCUUCCAAAUCCCCGUCGAAGAAGAAGAAGAAAUUCCGCACCCCAUCUUUCCUGAAGAAGAAUAAAAAGAAAGAGAAAGUGGAAGUGUAAGUGCAGCUCUGUUGGGAGGAGGUGGUGCACAUUUUAAACGUUUAAGUUGACCAUUAACAGAGUAGUGUUAGGGGUGUGCAGUAACUGGACUUUUAACCGAAACAAAGAGGAACUGGAAAAGGUUUUGCUUUAAACAAAACAGAAACAAACAAACAAACAAAAAAAAGACUUUCAUAUUAAGUGAAAAUUAAUUCAUCUCUCACUUACCUGAGUCCGAAAUCGCUGUGAGGGUUUGAAACAUUCAUUAGUUUCAUGUUGAACUACACUGGCAGGUGCUCAAAUACCGUCAUAGCGAGAUGAAAUACCAUCUCAGUAUGCAGCAACAAGUUCUGCCCGAGGUAUUUUGCAGACCUUGACAUUUUCAGUACAGUAAAGUCUUUAAUAAAGUUAUUGUUGGGUGAUCGUAUAACUUUCUUUUUUAAAAAAAACCAAACAACUGCUGUCUGAAUUGGUAACCAGAUCAUACCUUUUUGUAUUGUGAUUUUUGACCAUCUGCUUUAUGUUUCUGUACCCCUGUUUGGGCGGGUGCGUAUUAACAGCACACCUUUAAAUCUUUUUUAAGAUUAGAUCAUAUAGAAAUACUAUACACUGGCACAUAAUAUUAGGGGGAAAACUGUGUAAGAGGAAAGUUUAUUUGGAAUUAUUCAAAAUGUCAAAGAGCUCCAUUCAUUGACAACUUCUUUGCCAAAUAUUUCGUUUUAGUGAAAUAUAAUUUUUGAAGACUUCUUUUUUAUUCUGUCUGUCGGGGGGAGGGGGAGACCCUUAUUUUUCAAGAAGGGGGAUUUUAUACACGUAACAUUGAUAAUUUAGUUUAACUGCAAAACAAAAAGAAGAUUUUAUAUGUUCAAAUGUUUGUAUACCAUUCAGUAUAAAAAUAUUAUAGGCAUGUGAACCAGGCAUUAAAUAGUAGAGUGUAUUUAAGAACGCUUGGUUUAGAGUAUACUUAAAUAUAAUUCAGGAAUCCAGGGACUUAGAAAUUAGAAGACAAAAAUGUAUAACAUUGAACUGGAUUCAAGUUUAAAAUUUACUGUGUUGGGUUUUUUCCUCAUGGUAUUGCUAAUGAAUGAAGAAAAAUAAUCUCUUAACGUAACCAAAUGAAGGAAA